AUGGCAGCCGCGGCGAUUCGGGGCGCUCGGCUUGUGGCCUGGGUUGAAAGGCUGCGGCGCGGAGUAGCUGCCGGCCCACUGGCGGCGUCAGUGGCCGGCGUGGCGGUGGCAGGAGUGGGAGUGGCGUGGUACCACGGCCUCGUGAACGUGGCGGCGCCGCAGGGCCGCCUCACUGUCCCAGCACAGAAAAAUGGUGACUGUGGAAAGAUGAUGGGGAAGUUGUCUCUUCGUAAACAGCGCUUCAUGCAGUUUUCUUCACUGGAACACGAAGGAGAAUAUUACAUGACACCACGAGACUUCCUCUUUUCAGUAAUGUUUGAGCACAUGGAACGUAAAACUUCAGUCAAGAGGCUGACAAAAAAGGAUAUUGAGGAUGCAUUGGCAGCAACCCAAACAACUCGCUGUGGAUCAACCUUUUUUAGAGACCUUGGCGAUAAAGGGUUAAUUUCAUAUACUGAGUAUCUUUUCUUGCUUACAAUCCUCACUAAACCCCAUACCGGGUUUCACGUUGCUUUUAAGAUGCUGGAUGCAGAUGGUGAUGAAAUGGUUGAGAAAAAGGAAUUUUUUAAGCUUCAGAAGAUCAUAAGUAAACAGGAUGACUUGAAGACAACAACUAAUGAAACAGAGUGCCAGGAACCAAAAGUGAAAGAACCUGAAAUUAACACAACCCUUCAGAUACGUUUCUUUGGAAAAAGAGGAGAAAGAAAGCUUCAUUAUAGAGAAUUUCGAAGGUUUAUGGAGAAUUUACAGACAGAAGUCCAAGAAAUGGAAUUCCUGCAGUUCUCUAAAGGUUUGAGUUUCAUGAGAAAAGAAGACUUUGCAGAGUGGCUUCUUUUUUUCACUAACACUGAAAAUAAAGACAUGUAUUGGAAAAAUGUGGGAGAGAAGUUGUCAGCAGGAGAGAGCAUAAGUUUGGAUGAGUUCAAGUCAUUUUGUCAUUUUACAACCCACUUGGAAGACUUCGCUAUUGCCAUGCAGAUGUUUAAUUUAGCUCAUCGCCCUGUCAGACUAGCGGAGUUUAAGAGAGCUGUGAAAGUAGCUACAGGACAGGAGCUCUCAAACAAUAUUUUGGACACCGUCUUCAAGAUCUUUGAUUUGGAUGGUGAUGAAUGCCUUAGUCAUGGAGAGUUUCUUGGAGUUUUAAAAAACAGGAUGCACCGAGGUUUAUGGGAGGGGCAAUUUCAGCUAAGGGGCUGUUGUAAAACUGAAGCUGCAAGAAUUCCUCCAGUGCUGCAUGCAAGACAAGUAGAAGCUAUUACCCUAAAGACCAUGGGAACAAAGCAGGUUUGAACAAAUUGGAGUCAAAGAUGCUGAACAUUUCACUCUGUUGCAAGAGAAGCCAGCUAGGUCCACCACUGCCAGCCUUUUGAGGCCUAUGUCUUUGUUUUCUAAGCUCUUAGGUGUUCCAUAACCCUGCCAUUCCUCAACUGUGCCCACACGGGGAUAAGCAGGGAGAAAGACCUACUCUAAAUACUAGUCCCUGAAUCCUUCUAAUGAUGGGAAACCAUUCUCCAGGUUCCAAUCUCUCUAUUAGUAACUUUCCAAAGAAGAGCAGAACCAAUAUCUACAAGUGCACAUGCUGAACAGCUGAGCCCAAUUCCAGGCAACUGGGGAGAGAAGUUUCCAUGCCUACAAGGAGGCAUACCCGACCUUUGUUCAACUCCACAUUUUCUUCUCUCUCCUCUAAAUUGUAGCGGUUAAAUGGAUUUUAAAAGAAAUUUCCCAAUAAUUUCAGUGAAAGUACAGGCAAACUGCAAAAUCAGAAUUUGAUGCAAAUUAUGAAAAUUAGGAAACAAGUAGGUGACACCAGACAGAUGAUGCGUUAAGUUUUAUUUGAUGGAAAUUGCAUGUUUGCAAAAGCUGGUAUGCAAAUUGACACCAAUACCACCCCUAUGCCGUAGAGUAAAUGAGACAAAAAGAUAAGAUGCAGAGAGAAAAAAGAAUCCUGCAAAUCAUUGGUGGUAGCACAGCAGUUCAUUUAACUAAAAUAAAAGAACUAAAUGCUGCAACAAUACUCCACAAGAUGGCGCACUUGCUUUUCUAAAAAGUUUUCAUCACCACUCCUGAUCUUUAACAGGAAAAAAACCCGCAAAUAUACAGAAAAUUGCAGAACAUUUUAAAAAUGACUUCCUUGUUGAGGUGGAAGACUUUGGCCUGACAUCCUGAGCUACUCAGCACCUCUUAGGAAAGUGAACACAGAGCGCUAGCACAUUUACCAUUAACGUGCAAUUUGCGUUUGGCUACAUCUAGUAGAAAGGAAAUACAUCUUUGGACUCUCCAGGCAGCACACUGUAAUUGGGGUAGUUUAUUACUUCAGCAGCAUCAGUGUCAAACUUUAUCAAAACCUGUCUUAUUCUGUGCACUCUGCUAGGGGCUUGGCUUGCUGCUCUGACAGACUUCCUUCCAAGAGGAUAAAACAGGAGCAAAUAUUUUGCUAUAACAUGUAUUACACCUGAUUUUACAUAAUAUUUAGACAUUCAAUGUUGGGAGAAAAAAAAAUUAAUAACUCCUUUAUGGUUUUCAGAAUGUUAGACAAGCUCUCUCCCCAACUACAAAUUUAUGCAAUACAAAGAGAAUUAAAGGAAUGUCCAUUGCAGCAUCAUUUAAUAAAAAUCUGGAACUAA